AUGAAAGCUCGCAUCCUCGAAGCAACAUUCUAUCGAGCUGAUUCCCCCACUUGGAAAUGUGAGGAGGAACUCGCAAUCACAGUGGAAAAUGAACUAAGGGGAAAAGCAACAAGGAGAUUUUUAAUGGAAGAAGAAACAACCUGCUCGAUGUGGCCUCGGCUUCGUCUCAUUGCUUCAGAUUUUUUCGUUUCCUUCUUGUGGGUUUGGUCUGGAUCCCUGCUGAGGUGCUUAGCUUUCAGGUUUCUGGGAUCUGGAAACAACCCCGUGGUUCUUAUCAUUAAGUGCUUAGUCGCAGUACCAUAUCUCGUCUUCUUUGCCUGGGUGGGCAGGGCCACGAAGGGCGGCUCUUAUAAUCCGCUUAUUGUUCUCUGCUACGCUAUCUCUGGAAAUUUCACUGUUUUCCUCUUUUCGGUUCUUGCUAGAAUUCCUGCCCAAGUUGCUGGAUCUGUUGUUGGAGUGUGGUUAACUAACUCAAACUUUCCUGGAGCACUUCAUGGGCCAAGCUUAAAUGUUGAUAUUCACCGAGGAACAUUUACAGAGGGAUUUCUUACAUUUAUAGUUGUAAUUAUUGUUUUAAGUUUGAAGAAAAAAGAUUUUGGAAGCUCUGCAAAAAGAGUAUGGAUAUCAAGUGUUUCCAAAGUUAUCCUUCACCUCAUUGGUUCUGACAUUACUGGUGGUAUCAUGAAUCCUGCUACUGCCUUUGGGUGGGCAUAUGCUGAGGGAACACAUGCAUCAAAGGAGCAUAUAUAUGUGUAUUGGCUUGCCCCUAUUGAAGCAACUGUAUUAGGGGUGUGGGCAUGCAGCUUAUUAGUUAAUCCAUUAAGGCUCAAGGUGCAUCAUGGCAAGAUUUGUGCAGACUUCAAAUUGGAUUGAGGUGAAGUUUCUCAAUUACUUGAUUCUCUUCUUUCAUGUAAUUAUUACCUUUUGAACAUUUUACUAAUGAUGUUAGUGAUUUUUUAAAACUUAGUACCUCUUCUUCUUUCUUAUUUCUUAUUUCCUGAAAGAUAUUGUAAGAAUAUAUUUGCAAAUUUUUUUGGGAUUGUUGAGCAAUGCAGAUGUUUAAUUACAUAUUGGUGGGCAUUAUAAUAGUUAGAAAUAAGGAGGGUUUAAAUUUAAUUACAUAUCAUUAUAUUAUAUUGAAGAAGUCAUUGAUGGUUGGAUUUAAAUUUGUGAUAUGUAAAAUGAAUUUGUGAGAUUGAGGAGAAGUGAUAUCAUGGUCCAAUAGUCUUAUGGCUUCAUUGCCUUUGAAGGAUCAAUAUUGCUUCAUCUUAUAAUAAUAUAAUUAGAGGCAUGAAUAAGUAGUUUGAGUGAGUUUGACUUAACAUUGAUCUCAAGGCGAAACCAGCGUUAU